AUGGUGCCCAACGGGCUCCUGCCCAAUGCGUCGGCGGGGGUGACCAGGCGCCUCGACCCCGAGCGAUGGGCUGUCGCCGAGUCCCGGACCGCCGAGCUGAUCGCGCGCAUCCAGCCAAACGCCUACUCCCAGGGCCGGAGGCAUGCUGUCUACAACUACGUACAGCGCAUUAUCAGGAACUGCCUCUCCUGUCAGGUUUUUACUUUCGGAUCAGGCCCUCUGAAGACUUACUUACCGGAUGGUGAUAUCGAUGUCACUGUGUUCACUAAUAGUGAAGAAUUAAAGGAUACCUGGGCGAAUCUGGUUCAGGAUGCUUUGGAGCAUGAAGAGAAAGAUGAAACUGCUGAAUUGUGUGUAAAAGAAGUUCAGUAUAUUCAGGCGGAGGUAAAGCUUAUCAAGUGUCUCGUGGACAACAUUGUUGUUGAUAUCUCAUUUAACCAAGUUGGUGGAUUGUGUACACUUAGUUUCCUUGAACAGGUUGAUAACUUGAUUAAUAAAAACCAUUUAUUCAAACGGAGUAUCAUAUUGGUUAAGGCAUGGUGUUUUUACGAGAGUCGUGUUCUUGGAGCUCACCAUGGUCUUAUAUCUACUUAUGCAUUGGAGACUCUAGUUCUGUACAUUUUUCACGUGUUCAACAACUGUUUUACGGGACCACUUGAGGUAUUAUACCGUUUCUUAGAAUUCUUUAGCAACUUUGAUUGGGAGAAAUUUUGUUUGAGUUUGUGGGGCCCAGUUCCUAUAAAUUCACUUCCAGAUAUGACUGCGGACUCCCCACGGAUGGACACUGGUGACUUGUUGCUGAGCAAGGCCUUCCUAGACAGAUGCAGCCAGCUCUAUGGAGUUGCGGCUCGCACCCUGGAAAACCAGGGUCAACCAUUUGUAUCAAAGCACUUCAAUGUUAUUGAUCCAUUACGAACAAACAAGAACCUUGGAAGAAGUGUCAGUAAAGGCAAUUACUUUAGAAUACGCAGUGCCUUCUCUUUUGGGGCAAAAAGGCUGGCAAAGUUACUUGAAUGUCCAAACGAAGAUCUAGUUGCUGAAGUAAAUCAGUUCUUUAUAAAUACAUUAACAAGACAUGGGGGUGGUAAUCCUCCUGAUGCCUCUACACCAAAUCUAUCUCCUGAACAUGCCCUGCAGGCUGUCUCUGCUGAAGCGUCAAACAGCCACGAAAGUGCAACAAGGACCAAGAAUAAGAUUGAAAAAUCUGAACUUCAAGCUAGUCAGGAAAAUUUUACUGAAGAUUCUCACAGGUCACGUCCUCAGUCAGUCUGCUAGGGCUCCUACCUCAGUUAAUUAUUGCCAGCUGCUUCGUGUUCUUCGCUCUGUUAUAAGCUAUUGUCUCUUUCUUGGCACUUCUCUCAUUAUGUGGAACUCUAAGAAAGGAGCAACAAUGUCUUGUUCUACUGCUGAGCCCGAGCUUCGAGCACUUGCUACUACUAGUACAUAAGAGAUGGCCUGCCUUCUUUGGUAUUUGGUUGAUCUUGGUUCCUUAUGUGACAGCACCCACAUCCUUUCUGUUUGACAGCACUACUACUAUUCAGAUACCAAAUGAACUGGCCAAGCAUGAGCUAACCAAGCACAUUGGUGUGGAUGGGUUCUUCGCACCGUUCAUUGGCAACAAUCAACCAUUCACCUCGAUUAUGUUCCAUCAGAGCUUCAACUUGUUGAAUUCUUUACAGAAGCCUAAACUAGAGAACAACUUAAGCUAUAUAUUUUCUCAAACCCAAUAUGUCAAAUCCACCUUGAGUUUAAAGGGGUGGGUGUUAUGUAUAUAUGAUGUAAAUGUAUAGGUUAGGGUCAUUCUAGAGUAAGCCCAUAAUGCCUAUGUAUGCUAGGAUAUAUCUCUCUGAAUCAAAGCAGUAGAGAAUUUGAGCUAGCUAAUUUAUAGAGACGAUGCAAAUGAAACA